UCUCAGCUCUAUGCUGGUUCUCUAGUAACAAUCGAACUCUCUCCUUUCUCUCCCUCUCUCUCUUUCUGUCUCUUUUGUUUUUUAAAAAAACAAAUCUUUUGUUGUUUUGUUUUGGAAAGCAAUGUCUUAUCCUCAGGGUUAUCUAUACCAGCCAGCAGGGUCGCUGGCUCUUUACUCGUGCCCAGCAUACAGUGCCUCCGCGCUGACCGCCCCGAGGAGCGACGAGCUGGGCAGAGCCUCGUCCGGCUCCGCGUUCAGUCCCUACGCAGGCUCGGCAGCAUUUACAGCCCCCUCUGCAGGCUUCACUAACCCGCUUCAGUAUUCAACUGACCCCGCAACUGGAUUCCCGUCCUACAUGGGUUCGCCGUACGAUGCCCACGCCACAGGGAUGGCAGGAACCCUCAGUUACCAUCCUUACGGCAACGCUGCUUAUCCCUAUCAACUCAACGACCCCGCUUACAGGAAGAACGCCACCCGAGACGCCACGGCCACUCUCAAAGCCUGGCUCAAUGAGCACAGGAAAAACCCCUACCCGACCAAAGGGGAGAAGAUCAUGCUGGCCAUCAUCACCAAGAUGACCCUGACCCAGGUCUCCACUUGGUUCGCCAACGCCAGGAGGAGACUCAAAAAGGAGAAUAAAAUGACCUGGGCUCCCAGGAAUAAGAGCGAGGACGAGGAGGAGGAAGAACUGGGAGAAAGCGAGAGAAGCAAAGAAGAAAGUUCUGAGAAAAAACACGAUCACAUCGAAACUUCAGCCGAGGAUGAAGGUAUUAGUUUGCACGUCGACACACUUACUGACAGCUCCUGCUCCCCCGAAUGUGAAGGGGAUAAAGCGAACAGAGUAGAGGACAGCAUUUGUGAAUCUGGAUCAGAAUCGAAGGAGAAAUGUGACAAUUGUAUUGUUGCUGAUGAGGAUGGUGCUGAUGAGGAUGGUGCUAGCGACGAGGAAGAAGAGGACAGGGACCUGUCUCACAAAACUAUGAAUUCCUCGCCUCUCGCCAGGGUGGAUGCCUCACUCCUUGAUGUUCAAGAGGAAGAGAGCUCGGGGAGUGGAAAUAAAAAUCGCCUGAACAGUAUCAUCUCUUCAGCUUCACAAACUCAAGUCAGCAAACCCAAGCUCUGGUCUUUAGCGGAAAUCGCCACCUCGGAUAUUAAACAGCAGAUCGGUCAGAUAUGUUCUUCAUCGCCGACCUCCUCGUCAUCAUCGUCCAGCUCUACCUACCCGGCUACUUCAAUCCUUGGCAGGCCCAUUUACUAUACUUCUCCCUUUUACACUAACUAUACGAACUAUGCUAACUUUAAUCAUCUGCAAAGUCAAGGCAUACUGCGGUACAGCACCAACGAGACUGUCUUAAACACUGCUUCUAUACACAAACAGAACACUGACUCUCUGAAAAAUACGAAUUCCCAGCUAGAGCAGCACUUCAGAGCCACGAACUACGACUCCAAAAAAGACCCCAGUGAUGUCUGCACAGUAGGAGUGCAACCAUAUCUAUAGAUGUUUUAUCGGCAGUACAAGUAGGUGUCACAAUUGCUUUGAAAAUGUCAGCGAGCCAUCCCCCAGCUAUUAAGCAAAAAAUGUACAUAAUACCGGAUCACAUCUUGUGCCACUGUAUAGAGAAGACCCACAGAGCACUAUUUUAAUUCCACAGAUUAUGUUAUUAAGAAAGCAAAUCCGUGCAACAUAUCUGUGCAUUUGUUGGUUAAUUAUUAUUCUGUAUAUGUGACUUUUGGAAAAUAAUGUCUUCUCAGGUUUUCUUCACUUGAUCCGUUUAUUUGCCACGUUCUAGGUGUAAUGCGGCUUUAUUGUAAAACUAUUUGUAGAUAUACAGUAGAACAAUGUGAUUGAAGAACUUGAGUAUCUGAAAAGUGGAAAACAUUUGAUAUUUAUUUUUGUAAUGAUGACAUAAAGCUUCUAGUAAUUUAUGCAAGUUGUAUUGCAAUGGAAACUGAACAUUUUGUAAAUAAAUCUGCUUGUUAUUUUGGAAACGUGAUGACAAUUACAAUCUGUUUGGUUGUUAUAAGCACUCUUUGCUAAUUUAUAUCUUAAAAUGUAAAUAAAAUUGACUAGCCUGUAACUGCAAUUUCUUCAAAACGUUGUUUGAAUUAUUCGGCAUUACUUUUUCAAAGUUCAGUUGUCAUUAAAAUAUUUUUUGCUUUGAUUUUGGAAUCUGAAUUAAAACAUCUUUAAAAAUGCGUUUGAUAUUUACUUCAAAUCAAAAAUGUUAUUUACUGUUUCGAGUGUAGGCAGCAAAGCUGAGAAUAAUAUCAAACAUUCGUGAAAAACUUCAAUAUCCAAUCUACUGAAUAUUUAAAUUGCAACCAAAGGCAGAUAUUCAUUAACUAUUUAAAAAUGGCAUUAUCCAAUCUCAGGAUUAUAGGGCCCCGAUGUAUUUGGUAAUUGUCGUUUUGACCGAGACUGUUGUAUACCUGAAAUAUUAGAUAAUCAAAUGGGUUUCAGUUUAUAUCCCAGUGAUAUAAAUUCCAAGUUCCGCUAAUUUUCCAUUGUAACUGUUAUGGAAAGGUGAAUUAUUGGAGUACAUAUGCUUGCAUUACUAUGCAAUAUCAGAAGGUUUGUUAACGAAAAUUCCAGUAGAUGCAGCAUUUUUAAAAAAAAAGACAUGAAUUAGAGCUUUGGAAGCAUGAGAGUAACUUGAUAUAAUACUCGGUGAAACAAAUUGUAUUUAGGUAAAACCAGGUGGAAAGAUUAAGGAAGGGUGAAAAAUUACAGUUUUAUUUUGUUUCAUUCAGGUUUUUUUUAAAUGACCACGAUAUAUUCGGUGGCACGAAUCAUUCUGUUUAAAGGAAAACUAAAGAUAUGCAAUUAAUUAUAAUAAUUAGCACAUUUUCCAAAGGAACAUAAAUAUCCAGAAUUAGCCAUUGUGACAAGUCGACGGCCUACAACAACGCCUUUGACUUCGCUGUAAUCAAUCUCAAAAUAUUUCAAAGGCCCCAUGCAUUUCACUCCAUGGGAUGAGUAAUAAUGUUCUACUGCGCGAUUUUUAAAAGAGUAUUAGAUCCCAGCGGGAAAAAAUACUAGUUGCUGCUCCGUUUGGAGCGGCCAGUCAGGGUUCAUUAUGGAGGAUAUUCGACAAUUUAUAAAAUCUUGUCUAAACAUCUGCCAUCUCAAAUGCCUCAAUCUGGCGGCUGAGGAGAAAUUGCUUUAACAGGAGAAAUUGACACGCAGGCUCUGAUAGCUUCCCCAGUGACUUAUUUUGCUCUGAAAAUUGUUGGCGUUGGUCACUUCUCGUUAGCGAAGGGCAUUUGAAAGUGAUCCCCUGCAACACUUGAAGCCAUCAGCCUUCGGGAUGUUAAGUGUCUAAUGACCCGUUCAUUGAUCAAGCUUGAUAUUGUUAUACAGUACUGCGUUUAUUCGGGAAGAGCAAUAGCUUCUGUCUUGCCGUUUAUCAUUUAUUAGAGGAAUAUUUCUUCAUCUCUUGACAAGAAACAAGCAUUGUUAAAGUGUUGUAUAAUAUUGACACUGAUUGGGAACAACAGCACCAUCGCCCAAACACCCCGGAACAAUAAUUGGAAAGAUUUUAGUAUCUGCAGAUUUUAUUUACGGUAGAAAAAUUAAACUAAACACGUCCUUUCCCACUUUUCCAGAAUCUGCACUCUAUCCACUCCCAUUAUCUCAUUAAAGAAAUAUAAUAACCGAAGACAAACUCGGGGAUUGUUGUUUAACUAAUUCACAUUUCUCCUCCCUCCCCCCCCCCCCCCAAAUUAAGCAAUCCUUCGAAACAAUCCCAAAUGAAUUUGUCUGUGAG